UUGAAAAAAAACGUCACCCCCUUCAUACAUUUCAACUAGCGUUAGCCACCACUAGCGUGCCGCCCUUAGACGCAUUUCCACCGCACGCAAACAAGUAUGUUUCUCGUCAACCCAUUUACCGUGCCCAGUGUCACGUCGGAUGCCUUAGCCCGAUGCGGAUACGCGUCGCCAGCGGAGCUGGUCGUGUGAAAAAACGAGCUAGCUUAGCUAGCUAGCUGGUGGACGCGAAGAGAGGCUAAUGUUUAGAGAAGCGUUAAGCCUAUCACAACAAGCCCGCUAGGCUCCUUAAACACAACCUGCCUCUGAAGACACCACAAGAACCUAAAUAAGUCGUCGUCUCCAAUAAAACAAUUGUGGGUCUCUGCAGACCAGAGCCAUGGGUGCCUUCCUGGACAAGCCCAAGACGGAGAAGCACAACUCCCACGGUGAAGGAAAUGGCAUUUGCUACGGACUGAGCUCCAUGCAGGGCUGGCGAGUAGAGAUGGAGGAUGCUCAUACCGCCGCAUUGGGAUUACCCACUCCCGGCAUGGCCGACUGGUCGUUUUUUGCGGUCUACGACGGCCACGCGGGCUCCAAAGUUGCCAAUUACUGCUCAAAGCACCUUUUGGAACACAUAAUCAGUGCCGGUUCAGGGGUCCAGGGGCAGCAGAGCUCGCUGGCUGGUUCAGAGAGCACCGCCAAUGACCCCCCGGUUGCCCCCACGGUGGAGGCUGUCAAAGCGGGGAUCAGGACAGGCUUCCUGAGGAUAGACGAACACAUGCGCAGCUUCUCCGACCUGCGAAACGGCAUGGACCGAAGUGGCUCCACGGCCGUGGGUGUCCUCCUGUCGCCCGAGCAUUUCUUUUUCAUGAACUGCGGCGACUCUCGGGCCGUCCUGUACCGAGACUCCCAAGUGUGUUUCUCCACGCACGACCACAAGCCUUGCAACCCGCGCGAGAGAGAGCGCAUCCAGAACGCCGGCGGAUCCGUAAUGAUCCAGCGGGUGAACGGGUCGCUGGCUGUGUCCAGGGCCUUGGGGGACUACGACUACAAGUGUGUCGUUGGCAAAGGACCCACCGAGCAGCUGGUGAGCCCCGAGCCGGAGGUUUACGAGAUGUUCCGGAGCCCUGAGCAAGACCAGUUUGUAAUCCUGGCGUGCGAUGGGAUCUGGGACGUCAUGUCCAAUGAGGAGCUGUGCGAAUUUGUGAAAUCGAGGCUUGAGGUGUCUGAUGAUCUGGAGAGAGUCUGCAAUGAAGUAUUGGACACCUGCCUGCACAAGGGGAGUCGAGAUAACAUGAGCGUUGUGUUGGUGUGUUUGCCCAACACUCCCAAAGUGUCAGAGGAAGCCGUGAGGAGGGAUGCUGAGCUCAACCAGUACCUGGAGUCCCGAGUGGAAGAGAUGCUGUCCAGGCCGGCCGACGAGGGCGUCCCCGACCUGGUCACGGUGAUGAGGAACCUGUCCGCAGACUGCAACAUGCCCUCUCUGCCACCAGGGGGGGGCCUCGCCAGCAAACGCAGUGUCAUUGAAGCAGUGUACCACCGUUUAAAUCCAUGCAGAGAAGAAGAAGGGAGAAUCAACAGGCAGACAGCAAGAUGGCACAACGAAACUUGAUAGUUCAUACUGUUACCUGAUUGGCUGUUAGCGUGCCACUCACUGAUCAGUGAUCACUUCCUGCUUUGCUUGUUUACCAGAGCGCGAGUGCCUUUGUUUAUGCAACCAACCUUCCGGUAACUUCCGGUUUCUCCCGACCAGAAAAUAUAAAUAUAUAAGUUUUAUUUAACCCUUUUUUUCCAUUUCUAUUACGUGUCAAUUAGGAUGUAUAUUUGUAUAGUUUUAUCGGCCCAGCCCUAAUAUCCAUCCAUCCAUUUUCUAAACCUGUCCUCAUUAGGCUCAGCUGUAGAGGGCUGACUUUAGGGCGAGAGGCGAGGCACAUCAAACAACCACACAGGUUAAUUAUAUACCUUCUGCUAUUUAGUGGAGGACUUAUUGCACUGCCUGUUAAUACAUGUUACUGGCAUAGAUGCAUAAAGAAAGAAACAUUAUUUGUACUUGAGAAAUAUGGAAAGUCUGAGUUUGGUUCCUACGAUGGUGAUGCAAGUUAAGUUUUAGUGCAAGUCUUAACUAUUUUCGAAAAUAACACCGAUGUCACUCACACUGUACACAGAACACAGGAAGAACAUAUGAAAUACAGUCAUAAAAACAUUAAAUACACAAAUUAAAAGGGACCUAUGAUAAUUGUAAUCUACAUAUAAACAUUUUGUGGUCUAGAUAAUUUGUAUUAGAUAUGCUUUGGGUAAAUAUUUGCAUAGAUUUUGCUCUACAAUCACUUUUAAAAACAGUUUUUUUGAGUCUGUCUGCUAGAUAUUAAAUUCUGGAGGCAUUCCCAGGUUGCAAAUGAAACAACCUAUCAUAAUUUAUGUUUUGAAUGUGUACACGGUCUAAAUAUAGAUCUUGAAGUUGUCAUCGCUAUUUUCUUUCAAGACACGUUUGAAAAUGAACUUCAUAAACAUUAUAUACAUCAGGGGUGUCAAACUUGUUUGUAUUUAGGGCCACAUUGCAGGAAUGGCUUCCUUCAGAGGGCCGUUUAUAAAAAUAAAAAAAUAUUUUUUUCGUAUUUGGGUAAUAAGCUGUUAUUACCAUAUUUUUCGGACUAUAAGUCGCAGUUUUUUUCAUAGUUUGGCCGGGGGUGCGACUUAUGUGUGAAAUUAUUAACACAUUACCGUAAAAUAUCAAAUAAUAUUAUUUAGCUCAUUCACGUAAGAGACUAGACGUAUAAGAUUUCAUGGGAUUUAGCGAUUAGGAGUGACAGAUUGUUUGGUAAACGUAUAGCAUGUUCUAUAUGUUAUAGUUAUUUGAAUGACUAUUACCAUAAUAUGUUACGUUAACAUACCAGGCACGUUCUCAGUUGGUUAUUUAUGCGUCAUAUAACGUACACUUAUUCAACCUGUUGUUCACUAUUCUUUAUUUUAAUUUGCCUUUCGAAUGUCUAUUCUUGGUGUUGGGUUUUAUCAAAUAAAUUUCCCCCAAAAAUGCGACUUAUACUCCAGUCCGACUCAUAUAUGUUUUUUUCCUUCUUUAUUAUGCAUUUUCGGCAGGUGCGACUUAUACUCCGAAAAAUACAGUAGUCGAAAUUCAAGUGUGAUGCAUCUGAUUAAAAAAUAUAUAUAAUUUGACAGUACUAAUAAACAUGUACAAUCACCUAAUGUUAUUACACGAUUUCAGAUACAUUUGAAUAUUAGAUUUUUUUAAUGUUCAAAUUGAUGGAUAACUUGCUUUGAAAUCACAAGAAAAGGUGACUAUCAGACAUUUACCUAUCGUAUUUUACGGAUUAUAGAGCUCAUCGGUAUAUAAGCCUUCUAAAUUUUAAAAGAAAAAAUAUGUUUCCAUAUAUAAGCCGCAGAUAUGUACAUUGUGAAAUGAGUUAUUUACACAAAAAUUUUGUAGAUGUUUAUUUACAUAACUUAAUUGUUUCAAACAGUGCCUGUAACAUGGCAGUAAAACGGUUGAUUAAACAAAACAGAAGUCAUCGUCAUGGACCCACGAGCUGUGGAAGCUACUGUAGCUCUCCAAUCAGCUAAACCGACUCAAUAUCUCCACGGUGACAUUUUCGUAAAUUCACUGGGAAAUAUGUGAAAACUGGAACAAUAAAGUAAACACAAACACUCGUAAACGUGUUAACAUAUUAGUUAAUGUUAACAUAGUAGCUAAUGCAAAUUGCGCUAGCUUCAUUACAUUACUAUAGGACGUACAAAUAUGCAUGAAAACACUCAUCAUCCCACAUGGUAUGGGUUAGCAAGUAAGAAUUGUUUGUUAUAAACCUUACAAACAUUGCCUGGAGCAAGGGUGCCCAUUACGUCGAUCGCGAGCUACCGGUCGAUCGCGGAGGGCGUGUCAGUCGAUCACCAACUAGGCAUUGAAAAAAUAGUCCUAAAAAUUAGCGAUCAGAAAUCUUCACUAUGACGUCACUUGAUUGACAUUCACGGCACCCGAGGGUCUUGUGAAAUGACGCUGGCUGCUGCGAGCUCAGUGUGAAGGAAAAAAAGACCGUCAGGGAGGCGACAAACAGUUUUUAUUUCAACCAUACCUCCUGUCAAAAGCCUAAAGACUGACCACAUAGUUCCUGUCUUCACAAUAAAAGCGCUGCUCUAUUUUGCCUGCGCUAACAAAAUAAGAGUCUCAGAAAGCUGGCGUGCGCAAGCCACGGAGUUUGCCGCCAAUAUAUUUUUUAUAAAGUGUAUAAAAAGGAGUAUGAAUGCUGGACAAAUAAGAUGGCAAAAAGCAACCACUUUCAUGUGGAUGUUGUCAGCACUACUGUCUGAUUCCAAUCUAUGCAAGUAAUACACCAAUUUAUAUUCUUGUCUUUAGGAAAGAAAAUAAUCUAUAUGUGUUAAACGUGCUUGUAUUAUCAUUAAACACCUUUUAACUUGUUAACAAAAACGUCUCUUUCAUAAAUAAAUAUAAAUUAUAUAUAUGAAUGAGGUAGAUCCUUUCGACUCGGUCAUUUAAAAAGUAGCUCGCCUGCUGAAAAGUGUGGGCACCCCUGGCCUGGAGUGAUGAAUGAAGAAUCCAUAUGAGUAGAAACGCUAGGGAUGGAACGGUACUUCUACUUAUGGUUCAAAGCUAUAAACAACAGGAAACAUAUGGUGGAAAUCAGACCCUAAAUUCAUUAUAGGUCCCCUUUAACUGAAACUUACAUUCUCCACCUUUACUUUCCUUUUCUCUGACGCACUGCCAUCAGUAAGGUCUGUCUCACACUUAGGAGACGGGCGACGUGCAACAAAGUAUUCCUCCGUCGUGCGCUCGUAACUAGAGAUGUCCGAUAAUAUCGACCGAUAAAUGCUUUAAAAUGUAGUAUCGGAAAUUAUCGGUAUCGUUUUUUUAAAUUAUCGUAUCGGUAUCGUUUUUAUUUUUAUUUUUUUAUCAAUUUUUUAAUUAAGUCAACAUAAAAAACACAAGAUACACUUACAAUUAGUGCACCAACCCAAAAAACCUCCCUCCCCCAUUUACACUCAUUUACACUCAUUCACACUCAUUCACACAAAAGGGUUUCUUUCUGUUAUUAAUAUUCUGGUUCCUACAUUAUAUAUCAAUACAGUCUGCAAGGGAUACAGUCCGUAAGCACACAUGAUUGUGCGUGCUGCUGGUCCACUAAUAGUACUAACCUUUUAACAGUUAAUUUUACUCAUUUUCAUUAAUUACUAGUUUCUAUGUAACUGUUUUUAUAUUGUUUUACUUUCUUUAUUAUUCAAGAAAAUGUUUUUAAUUUAUUUAUCUUAUUUUAUUUUAUUUUUUAAGAAGGACCUUAUCUUCACCAUACCUGGUUGUCCAAAUUAGGCAUAAUAAUGUGUUAAUUCCACGACUGUAUGUAUCGGUUGAUAUCGGUAUCGGUUGAUAUCAAUAUCGGUAAUUAAAGAGUUGGACAAUAUCGGAAUAUCGGAUAUCGGCAAAAAGCCAUUAUCGGACAUCCCUACUCGUAACUAUUUGUAAUUUUUUUGUACAAUGCUAAUCGUUUACUGGACGUAACCGCAAAAUGUCAUAACGCAAGGACAGCCUUGUACUAAUGACAUUGGGUUAUUUCUAAUUGGGAAUCACUGGCUGUACCUAAUGAUGUGUCCUCAGACGGCUGCAAAUGAGCACAUUAGGGCAUUACGUGCACACGUAGAGAGUGUCUAACUGUGUGUUCACCCUCUGCUU